AUGUCUUUCUUCAUCGAAAACCCUAACGUAGGGAACAAUGACCACCUCGAAGAUUCGCGGAUUCGAGGAUACAACCCCCUCACACCCCCUAACCUUCUGCAACAUGAAAUCGCCAUGACAGAUAAGUCCAGGCAAACAGUAUUGCAAGCUCGUCGAGAGGCUGUUGCGGUUGUCCAUGGCACAGAUACCGACAAGCAGCGUUUGUUGGUCGUUAUCGGGCCAUGCUCGAUUCACGACCCCGACAUGGCGCUCGAGUACUGCGAUCGACUUCUGAAAAUGAAGGAGAAAUACAAUGACGAAUUGCUGAUCGUGAUGCGCGCCUACCUCGAAAAGCCCCGCACAACAGUUGGAUGGAAGGGUCUCAUCAACGAUCCCGAUAUCGACAACAGCUUCAAGAUCAACAAGGGUCUGCGCACCUCGCGCCAGCUUUUUGUCGAUUUGACCAACAAGGGUAUGCCCAUCGCCAGUGAGAUGCUGGAUACCAUUUCUCCUCAGUUCCUUGCCGAUUGUCUCUCUGUCGGCGCGGUUGGCGCACGGACAACCGAGUCGCAGGUCCACCGUGAAUUGGCCUCCGGUCUUUCUUUCCCCGUCGGCUUCAAGAACGGUACCGAUGGCUCGUUAGACGUUGCUGUGGACGCCAUUGGGUCUGUCAAGCACCCUCAUCACUUCCUUUCCGUCACAAAGCCUGGUGUUGCCGCCAUUGUUGGCACCGUGGGCAAUCCCGACUGCUUCGUCAUCCUCCGUGGUGGAAAGAAGGGCCCCAACUACGACGCUCAGAGCAUCGCCGAAGCUAAGGCUAAGUUGGCCUCAAAGGGUCUGCCUCCCCGUCUCAUGGUCGACUGCAGCCAUGGCAACUCGCAGAAGGACCACAAGAAUCAACCCAAGGUUGCUGCCGUUUUGGCCGAGCAGAUUGCCGCGGGAGAGACCGCCAUUAUGGGUGUCAUGAUCGAAAGCAAUAUCAAUGAGGGUAACCAAAAGGUUCCUCCUGAGGGAAAGGCUGGUCUCAAGUACGGCGUCAGUAUCACAGAUGCUUGCAUCAAUUGGGAGGACUCGGAAGCUGUCCUCGAAACGCUCGCACAGGCCGUGCGUGCCCGGAGAGAAAGGCUCGCCACCAAUGGAACUUCUAAGUAG